UGCGAUGUUGGCGAUAUUGGAUAUGAUGCUGGUGAGCGCGCUAUUGGGGAAAGCAGCCAGCCUGGAAUUGAAAGUCAUACAGAACAUUCUGAAGCCGAAGGUCAUUCUGAACAAAUAGGAGGUUAUGGAGAGGGAGAUGUAGGGGAAAGUAGUCAUAAUAUUGAAGGCGAAGUUAGUCAAACUCCCCAUUCGCAAACUGGAGAUUAUGAAAGUGAUCAAGGAAGCCAUCAUGAAGGGAUUGAAGAAAUGCCCAGUAGUCAUCAUGGAAGUGGAAGUAAUGUUGGCAGCCAUACAAGUCAUCGUGGAAGUCGGAGCGAUGUUGGCAGCCACAUAAGUCAUCAUGCUAGUGGAAGUUCUAGCGGUAGAAGCAGCCAAGGAAAUGGAAAGAGUGGUCUCUUUUCUUGCUUCGGUUUUGACUGCUUUCGUGGCAAGAAUGGGAAAUCUUGAGGAAGGAUGACAAGAUUUUUAAUGAAAUUUUCAAUCUUAGUUUAGUUUAUUUGGUUGUUAAUGGGAUAUUUUUAUUUAAAGAAAUUCAAGUUUAUUUUAGAAAUUUUAGCCAUUUCGUUGGACAUUCGUAGAAAUUUUAAAUUUUUUUUAAGAAAUUUUAUUUUUGCUAAUUUUUGGUUAUUAAAAUUAAUUUU